AAACCCGUGAACCGUUACUAAAUACUACUUAUACUAAACACGCAGUGAACCAUGAAAAGUUUUCGGUGGCGACCGCUAGGUGGCGCUGUAGUCAGUCAUAAAUCAAUCAUGGCUGACGGCGAAGUGAACCCUACUAAAGUUUGUACGUUUUCGUUUAAAAAGACAAAUAAAUCGAUCAAACAGCGAAAAAGACGGAAGAGUCACAGUUCAGGUAGCAGUGAUGAUGAAACAACUAUAGUGAAAAAGGAGAAGAAACACGAUCUUGGUAAUCCUUUAAUUCAGAGGUCUGCUCGCACAGAGAAGCAGUUGUUCAAAUAUGGUAGCGACAGUGAUGAAAGCAAUGAUGACACUUCGGUCGGAGUUUCCUACAAGUCCGCGAGAUCUGGAAAGCGGACAGGUCCGGAUGAUAUGGGAGCAACAGCAACGUACGAACUGGACACCGAAAAGGACCGGGAUGCAGUUGCCAUCGCCGAGAGAGCCAAGGCGAUCAAUGAGGAGCAAAGGGAUAAAGAGGAAGAUAAUGUCUACAGGGGAUUGAACAACUACACAAAUUACAAACCACAGAAGGAUUCUGCUCAGCCCCUGCCACUGGUCAAGAAGGGACCGAUCCGAGCGCCUGCACAUCUGCGUGCGACCGUGAGGUGGGACUACCAGCCAGACAUAUGCAAGGAUUACAAGGAGACAGGAUUCUGCGGAUUCGGCGACAGCUGCAAGUUCAUGCACGACAGAAGUGACUACAAGCACGGAUGGCAAUUAGAACGAGAGUGGAAAGAGGGACGAUACGAAAACGAAGCCGAUGACAAGUACGAGAUCAACUCCGACAGUGACGACGUGCCGUUCAAAUGUUUCAUCUGCCGGAAGUCGUUCACGCAACCCGUCGUCACAAGGUGCAAGCAUUAUUUCUGCGAGAAGUGUGCACUGCAGCAGUACGCAAAGUCACAGCGGUGUUACGUGUGCAGGACGCAGACCGGUGGUGUUUUCAAUCCAGCAAAAGAUGUGAUUGCCAAGAUGGCGAAAUCACAACAGAAGAAAGAACUGAACGAGGAGAGCAGUGAAGACGAAGGCGAGAUCAAAGACGACUAAACCUUUAUUUACCA